AUGAGCGCUACAACGACCGAGACCGCUACGCAGACGCAACUGCAAACGCAGUAUCCCUGCCCAGUGCUUGAAGAGAGGUUCAGCAAGUUGAAGCAAUCUCUCAUCAAUCCGUCCGACCGCACUAGAGUCAUUGAAUCUUAUGCGCGUCUGAAAUCAGCCCUCAAGUGCGAAACAGACCGCAUCACACGCCAGGGACCGUCCGCAAUCCCAGAAGUCGAGUUCAGUGUCGUUGAAGGCCAUGGCGGUCUCCCUGAGAGUCUACAAGACACUGUCCGCCAGACUGGCUGUCUCAUCAUUCGCAACGUCGUGCCCGAGGAGCAGGCGAGCAAGUGGGAGAGCGAUCUGAGAAACUACGCAAAAGAGCAUCCCAAGAUCCAAGGCUAUCCAGCCCAUGAUCCACAGAACUUCAGUCUGUUCUGGACUCCGGCGCAGGUGCAGAUCAGGAGCCAUCCCCAGGUCCUAAAGGCUAUGGAGGCCGUCAGCAAGCUUUGGCACUUGGGCUCAGAAGAGACGCUCUUCGACACCACAAGUCAAGUGGUUUAUGCUGAUCGCUUUCGCAUUCGUCAUCCAUCCAAAGACGCUGAGUACACGCUUAAUGCGCACCAAGACAGUGGGGCCAUCGAGCGGUGGGAAGAUCCAGAAUACAACGCAUGUUAUCGGAAAAUCUUCGAAGGAAGAUGGGGAGACUAUGACCCAUGGAACGCUGACCAUCGCUCCGAUGCAAGAACGAAUCUUUACGACAACGAUGCUCCGAACUCUGUCUUUCGUCCACUACAAGGUUGGCUGGGUCUGUCCCAUACUGGGACAGGAGAAGGCACCCUUAGACUCAUCCCAGAGCUCAAGCUGUCCACAGCUUACCAGCUACUCCGCCCAUACUUCAUUCUGGAUGAAGAGUUCGACGACAUCGUCCCCCUCUUUCCCGGCGCAACACCUGGUCACUGUCAAUUCCACCCCACGGAGAAACUCCACCCUCAUCUCGACGUGAAGUCCAGCAUGGUUGGCAUCCCUCCAGUCAGACCUGGUGAUUACGUCUUCUGGCAUUGUGACCUAGUCCACGAAGUCGACAAGUUCCAUCCCGGCACGACAGACUCAUCGGUGGUCUAUAACGGCUGUGUUCCGCUUUGUCCGUACAACCUUGAGAACCUUGUGAACAUGAGAGACAGCUUUCUGAAAGCCGUGCCGCCGCAGGACUUCAUCAACUAUGUGCAUGGAGAGUGGGAGGACAAGCAUGAGGACAACGGCGCGAAGCGAGAGAAUGUCCUUUCGGAAGAUGGUCUUCGCGCCAUUGGUUUGAAGGCUUUUGACGUGAACGAGGCAGGCUUGACUCCUGGCCAGAAGAAGAUGCGGGAGCUCGCCAACGAGAAACUUGGAUUUGCAGCGUGA